AUGCACGUCCAAGCUAACAGGCAGGGUGGACGCGCGAACCAGACCCUCCGUCCGGUGACCAUCAAGCAGAUCCGUGAGGCCAAGCAGCCGCAUCCCGAUGCCGACUGGCAGAUCGAUGGUGUCGAUGUGUCCCACAUUCACUACAUCGGCUCGGUGCACAACAUGGCGACGACAGCGACCAACGUGAUGUACGAGAUUGGUGAUGGCACGGGCUACAUCGAGACGCGCCAGUGGCUCGACAGCGAGGCGGAUGAGCAGGGCAAGACGGCGGGCAUCGCGCAGGACAAGUACGUCUCUAUGAUCGGCACGCUCAAGAAGUUCAACGACAAGCUGCACGUGUCCGCGCAGCAGAUCCGCCCCGUCGACAACUCCGACGAGGUCUACAACCACCUCCUCAAGGCGCUUGCCGUCAGUCUGUCCUACCGCAACCCUACGGCUAACGGAGCUCCCGCUGGUGCUGGUGGUGUUGCGUCUGCGAACGACUAUGCCGCUCCCGGUGCGGCCGGCGGCAACGCGUCCGAGUACGCCGACCUGCCUCCCCUCGAGCGCAAGAUCAUGGAGAUCAUUGCGGCGGUCGACGAUGACGACGGAGUGCACGUCUCGACCGUUUCGAGGCAGUGUGGCGGCAGUGGCGAGGAGGUCAUGUCCGCGAUCGAGAACCUUAUGGCCGAGGGACGUCUGUUCUCGACGAUCGAUGAUCUCGCGGCGUAA